AUGCCAGCUUUAUCCAAUCUGACACAGACCCUGGAGGAUGUCUUCAGGAAAGUCUUCAUUUCUUACAUGGACAGCUGGAGGAGGAACACGACCGCAGAGCAGGCGGCGCUCCAGGCCAAGGUGGAUGCCGAGAACUUCUACUACGUCAUUUUGUACCUCAUGGUGAUGAUUGGCAUGUUCUCAUUCAUCGUCGUGGCCAUCCUGGUGAGCACGGUGAAAUCCAAGCGACAGGAACACUCCCAGGACCCCUACCACCAGUACAUUGUGGAAGACUGGAAGGAAAAGUACAAAAGUCAGAUCUUGAACCUGGACGAAUCCAAGGCCACCAUCCACGAGAACACAGGUGCAGCGGGGUUCACCAUGUCUCCUUGA